CAAUUCGGAGCUGACACGGCGCCGUGUCUCUGCGCCAACCAUGUCUGCCGCACUGCUUCGAUCGCGCCUCGCCGCCUCAGCCCCGGGCCUCCGACCAGCCGCCCGACGGACGACGACGACGACGACGACGACGACGACAUGCCCGCAAAAAGCCGCUGCUCCGCGCCGCUUCAACUCGAGCUCGACAGGCGGCAGCUCCUCCGGUGCCGGACUCAAGCUCGCAGCCUAUAGCGGAGCGCUGGCGGCGACUCUCUUUGCCUCGUACUACUACGUGACGGACACGCGAGCGUUUGUGCACCGAUACGUCGUCCCGCCGCUGCUGCGCACCUUUGUUCCCGAUGCCGAAGAUGCGCAUCAUCUGGGCGUUACCGCACUCAGGGUGCUGUACGAGCUCGGCCUGCACCCCCGCGAACGCGACGCCGCUGCCAACAGCCCCAGCCUCUCGACCUCCGUCUUUGAGCACCAAUUGGCGAACCCGAUCGGCAUCUCGGCAGGUCUGGACAAGGACGCAGAGAUUCCCGAUGCGCUGUUCGCGCUGGGAGCGGGUGUGGUCGAAGUCGGCGGCUGCACGCCGAUGCCGCAAGAGGGAAACCCCAAGCCGCGAGUCUUUCGCGUGCCGAUCCUGGACGGCAUGGUCAACCGCUACGGCCUCAACUCCAAGGGCGCUGAUGAGAUGGCGAUCCGCCUGCGCGACCGACUGCGACGGUUUGCGCUCUCAAUAGGGGUCAGCGAGGAGGACAUCAUCAGUGGCGAGGCCGGCGUUCCCGUGGGAAGCUUGAAGCCCGGGCGGAUCCUCGCCGUCCAGAUCGCCAAGAACAAGGAGACGAGCGAGAGGGACCAGCAGGCCAUCGCCGCCGACUACGUCUACUGCACACGGCGGCUGGCCCGCUAUGCCGAUGUUCUGGUCGUCAACGUCAGCAGCCCCAACACACCCGGUCUGCGAGACCUGCAAGCCACUGAGCCCCUGACACGGCUCCUCGCGGCGGUGGUCGACGAGGCGGGCAGGACGGAUAGAAAGGUGCGCCCCAGGGUCAUGGUCAAGGUCUCUCCUGACGAGGACGAAGACGCCCAGAUUGAGGGCAUUGUCCAGGCUGUCCAGAGGAGCGGCGUCGACGGUAUCAUUGUUGGAAAUACUACAAAGAGACGGUCAGGUCUCAACCCCAAGGGAGCCCAGCUGUCCAUCAGGGAACAGAGGGCCCUGAUGGAAGUCGGCGGCUUCUCUGGCCCUGCCAUGUUCGGCCGAACGCUGGAUCUGGUCGGCCGCUACCGCAAGAUGCUCGACUCUCAGCCCGGGGCUAGCAAAGGCGAACAAAAGGUCCUUUUCGCGACGGGGGGCAUCACGAACGGAGAGCAGGCACUGAAGGUGCUUAAUGCGGGUGCCAGCGUGGCCAUGGUGUAUACUGGCAUGGUUUACGGAGGAGUUGGUACGAUUACGAGGAUGAAGAAGGAGAUGCUCGAGGCGCUAUGA